AUGGGGGCAAAAAAAGUAAGAAAAGCUUCAAGCUUUAGUUACAGCGACACCUAUGGUUCUUCUUUGAGGGUGCCAAGAGUUAAACAACGUCGUUUUGAUAGUGCCAGGUAUCAACCAAAAUUGCCAGGUCAGCUCUCCGGUGAUGGGAAGCCACAGAAGGGCCAAAUUGAGUCUUCGCCGAUUCUCGAGGCUUAUUCGCUUCAGUCUGGUGAUCAUCCAGGACUUGUGCUUAUUUCUCAGCUGCUCCAACAAGACAAUUAUUCUUCAUUGUGCAGAUCAAUGUGUCUUGCGUUGAGUGGAAAACACAAGAUAGGCUUCAUUGAUGGUUCUUUGCAAAAACCAAAUCCAAUUGUUCAUCCAGUGCUUGCAGAAUCUUGUCAAUGUACCAACGACAUCGUCACGACGUGGUUGCUAAACUCGAUCUCCAAGGACAUUGCUGCAAGCGUGAUCUGCGUGAGUUCAGCUGCUCUCCUUUGGCAGGACUUGGAGAUUUUUCUCUCAGAGUAA